GCGGGCCCGGGGCGGGCCCGGGGCUCUCCUGGCUCGUCCCCGUCCGUCACAUGAUCCCGGAGCGCUCGGGAGGGGCGGCGCCAUGGCGAUCGAGGGCGGCAUGAAGUGUGUGAAGUUCUUGGUUUUCUUCUUCAACUUCAUCUUCUGGGUGUGCGGCGUGGCCCUGGUCGCCAUCGGCUCGUACGCGCUGCUGGCGCUGGGCAGGGCCCCGCUGGCGGCGGGGGGGGGCGCGGGCUGGGCCCCCGCCGCCCUGCUGGCCCUGGGGGUCGUCAUCUUCUUCACCGCCUUCUUCGGCUGCUGCGGCGCCUGGAGGGAGAGCUACUGCAUGGUCACCACGUUCGCCGUCCUGCUCAGCCUCAUCUUCCUGGUGGAGAUCGCCGCCGCCAUCGCCGGCUACGUCUUCAAGGACAAGGUGCACGGGCUGGUGGAGGAGGGGCUGCGGGAGGCCGUGAGGAGCUACGGCGAGGAGCCGGCGCUGAGCGCGGCCCUGGACGCCUUCCAGCACGAGUUCUCGUGCUGUGGGGUGGAUAACUACACGGACUGGGCCAGCGUGGAGCCCUUCAGGGCCAACGACUCCGUGCCCAGCUCCUGCUGCCGCCAGCCCGGCCCCGGCUGCAACGUCCGGCCCAGCCCGGCCACCGUCUUCAGCAGGGGCUGCCUGCCGAGCCUCGAGGCCUGGCUCAGGAGGAACGUGCUGGUGCUGGCGGCCGUGGCGCUGGGCAUCGCCUUCAUCGAGGUCCUGGGCGUUCUCUUCUCCUGCUGCCUCAUGCGGGGGAUCCGCAGCGGCUACGAGGUCAUGUAGCCCCCGCCCCAAAUUCCUGCCCCCCGGGGGUCCUGGGGGGUCCCAGCAGCGCCACCCCCCCCCCCGGGGGUCCUGGGGGGUCCCAGCAGCGCCACCCCCACCCCCCGGGGGUCCUGGGGGGCUCUGGGGCCCCCCCGGGUUUGCAAUAAAGGAAAAGCUUCUGGA